AUGCAUCCAAAUGACAAUAUAAUUUUCAAUCAUGGUGUAUACACACCAGUGAGUUAUAGACAAUCUUAUGAUUAUCCCAUGUAUACUGGUAGAGGUUUUCAACAACCUUAUUCUCCAAUGAUAAAUGGUUUUCAACACGGUAUAUUUAAUAAUCAAGUAGGUGGUCGAGAUUUUUAUUAUUCACCUUAUACUACUUCUGGUAGUCUACAAUCAACACCGCCUUCAGCUAGACCAAAUGGUCAUAUUCAAUUGCAUCGUCCAGGUGAAUAUCGACCACAUUUUGAUGAACAAUGA